AUGUUUCAAACUGGGCGCCUUGUUGUCUUCUGUGGGCUGCUGGCCCAGACCAUGGUCCUGCUGGAAGCCCUGCCCUUGCCCCCGGGCCAGACACUGCCCUUGCCUGUGACUCCAUCCCUGGCCUUGAGUCCCACAGAUCUUGCUGGAAGCUUGACAAGUGCUCUCAGCAAUGGCCUGCUCGCCAAGGAUCUAUUGGACAUUCUCGAAAACCUUCCGCUCUUGGACACCCUGAAGACUGGAGGGAACUCUCCCAGUCGCCAGCGGGGGGGCCUACUUGGGAAAGUGCCCUUACUGACUCCUCUCCUGAACAACAUCGUUGAUUUGAAGAUCACUGAUCCCCAGCUGCUGGAACUUGUCCUCCUGAAGAGCCCUGAUGGCCAUCGUCUCUAUGUCACCAUCCCUCUGGCCAUGGUCCUCAGUGUGAAAAUGCCCUUGGUUGGAAGUCCAUUGAAGCUGGCUGUGAAGCUAAACAUCACUUCAGAACUCUUAGCUGUGAAAGAUGAACAGGAGAAGUUCUACAUCGUCCACUGCAACUGCACUUUCUCCCCUGGCAGCCUGCAAAUCUCCCUGCUUGACGGGUUGGGCGCCCUCCCCAGUGCAAGCCUUAUUGACAACAUCACUGGGAUGUUGGGUAAUGUCCUUCCUGGGCUGGUGCAGGGCCAGGUGUGCCCUCUGGUCAUUGAGGCUCUCGAUCACUUGGACGCCACUCUAGUACAUUCCACUGUCAACGCACUGAUGUAUGGGCUGGAAUCAAAUUCUCAGCCUUCCGGGAAGGGACCUGGCCUGUGCUGA